AUGUGAAGAGCUGGCUUGUGAUGUUCGGCUUUCAGCUCAGCAACAUCAUCCCCGGCUUCCCAAGGGCCCAGAUGUACUUCGUGCCUCCUUCCUAUGAGCUGACGGAGAGUCAGGCCAGCGAGAACGGACAGCUCAUCACAGGCAUCCAGCAGACCACAGAGCGGCACAGCCAGGCCUUCCUGGCCUUGGAGGGACAGCUCAUCGCCAAGCGGCUGCACGCCCACGUGCGCGAGAAGGCCGGCCACUGGUUCGCCACCAGCACGCCCAUCAUCGGCAAGGGCGUCAUGCUGGCCAUCAGGGAGGGCCGGGUGACCACGGGCGUGUCCAGCCUGGCCAGCGAGGACAGCCGCAAGGUGGCGUCGGUGCUCAACAACGCCUUCUACCUGGAGCACAUGCACUACAGCGUGGAGGGCAAGGACACCCAUUACUUCGUCAAGAUCGGCUCGGCCGACCACGACCUGCUGACCCUGGGCACGCCGGGCGGCCACCGCACGCUGGACAGCGGCAUCAACGUGACCGUGUCACAGCCCACGCUGCUGGUCAACGGCAGGACUCGAAGGUUCACCAACAUCGAGUUCCAGUCGUCCCGGCUGCUGCUGAGCAUCCGCUACGGCCUGGCCCCCGACACACUGGACGAGGAGAAGGCGCGAGUGCUGGACCAGGCCCGGCAGCGGGCGCUGGGCGCCGCCUGGGCGCGGGAGCGGCAGCGGGCGCGGGACGGGCGGGAGGGCAGCCGCCUGUGGACGGAGGGCGAGAGGCAGCAGCUGCUGGGCACGGGGCGGGUGCAGGGCUACGAGGGUUACUACGUGCUGCCCGUGGAGCAGUACCCCGAGCUGGCGGACAGCAGCAGCAACAUCCAGUUCUUACGACAGAACGAGAUGGGAAAGAGGUAACCCGCCGGCCGGCGCCAUCCCGGGCUGGGUGGCUGGCGGGAGUCGACUUUCUCUCCUCUCCUAAGGAGAGGAAGACCUAGCAGGGCGCUGAGCCGGCUGCUUCGGGACCCCAGUGGCAAGGAAGCUCACAUUUUUUGAGUUCAGAUGCUACUGUCCACACGAGACGUCCCCCCCAACCCCACCCAACCCACGUCCUGAAGCAGAAUGACAGCCUGGCUGGAAUCUGAGCAAAGCAGAGCGAACACGUACACACACACACACAUACACACACACACGCACACACACGUACACACGCACACACACACGUACA